AUGGCUAAAGUGAAAAAAUCUGUCGUUAAAGACAGAAGGUCAUCUAUCGUUAAAAUUUCCGUGGAUACCAGUGAAGAAGACUUCCAAAAUGAAGAAGAGACUAUGGCAUACGUGUUGAGCUCUAUGGUAGUUACUAAUAAUUUGAAAGGUAAAGAAAGAGAGGAAAAAAGUGGAAAAGGAGCGUUUAGAGCAUUGAAUAGGGUAAAUCGUAUCAGAAGUACUGCAUCACUUCAAGUUCAAUUAGAACUGUACUCCAGAGCAAUUGCCCAUGCACCUCUUGAAUCAUAUGAACUAGUCAGAGCAUAUACUGAACGUUCGGAAUUAUUAUUAAAUCAAGGCUACUAUGAAGAUUGUUUAAAAGAUAUAGAAAGAAUAUCGAAAAUUGGCUGUUGCAAUGAAAUGAAAGCAGACUUUUAUACGCGUAAAGCCAAAGCUCUAUGGGGCCUUAAUCCGAGAAUGUGUCCAGAAAUAGAAAAAGCUAUAACCAAAGCUCAAUGUUGGUUGACAGAGGCAGAUGAAGAAACUCGACAAAACUUAGAAACAUCUUUGAACUUAAUAUUGAAGAAUUAUGCUUUGAAAGCGAAUUUCAUACAGCACGAUUUGGGUAAAUUAAUACCUCUAACUCCAAAAGAUAAUCCUCGAGUAGUAGGAGCUUCCAGUUCUAUAGAGCUUAAAUUUUCAGAAAAUUUUGGGCGUCACAUUGUAGCUACUAAAGACAUAAAAGUUGGUGAAGUUAUUUUCGUACAAAAAGCUUAUUCUCUUAUUCUUUCUUCUGAAUGUUGGUACACUUACUGCUGGUAUUGUUCAAAACGAACUUGGUCCUCUGUAGGAUGUAAUAAUUGUGUAAACGUAAUUUAUUGCGAUGAAAGUUGUCGAGAUAAAGCUUGGGUCGAGUAUCAUGAUAUGGAGUGUGACGUAAUUUCCUAUUUACUUGCAAUGGGCCAGCGCGAAUGGCUUGAUUUAAUGGCUGCAAGGAUAACAAUCAAAGCAAUCAAGGAAGCUGGUUCUUUGCAAAAUUUAAAAACUUAUCUUCUUAAUAUUGACAAAAUCCCAGAUCCGACCGAAAAAUUUUUCACUGACAAUGUACAUGAUAGUUCAAAAUAUUCAACAGUAUAUUCUCUGGUACAUGAUGUUUCAUUUAGAGAAAAAUCAGAAGUUGACGGACUUUCUAUAAGUAGUGCAUAUAUUCUUCACGCUUUUGCUUUAUCAUCCAAUCUUUUAGGUGAUGGAAUCAAUGACAUACGAGAUUGUGCAAACAAUGAAUGGGCUCUUUUUCUAGGAGCAUUGAUCUUAAGGAACAUACGAAUUAGCUCAUUGAACUGCUUCUCUGUACGCAAAAAGAAUUUAUCUACGCCAUUUAUUGAUAUGAAAAGAGGUGACUUACUUGGAUCUUUUGCAAGUUUUUUCAACCACAGUUGUUUUAGCAACGUAUGCCCUGCACAUUAUGGAAAUACAAUGACAUUUCGAGCCUCUCAACAGAUAAAAAAGGGUGCUCAACUGUUUAUAUCUUACGGAUCAAGCUUUGAUGAAACACCCACACUUCAGCGAAGAGAACAACUAAAAGAUGAUUAUAAUUUCUGGUGUGAGUGUAUAGCUUGUCGCUACGAUUGGAACCCGGCAUCUAUUUUUCCGACUUUGGUUAAUAAACGUAGCUUAAGUGAGAUUGAAUUAAAAAUAAAAGAAUUAAUACAAAAGAACGAUAAAAAAGCUCUAACGACUAUGCAACAAUCUUCUAAAAGUAACACAUGGAAUGACAAUUCUCACACCUUACAAUCGUUGUGUGAUCUCUUAAAUUUAAUGUGUGAAAAUUUGGAUUAUCGUAGUCGGGAAAUGUUAUCUUUUAAGAUUUUAUUGGAAUCUAAUUAUGUACAUGAUGCCGAUACUUACAAUGAUAAUUGUUAUAUUGUAAAAUGUACGUGA